ACGACGGCACUUUCACACAAAUACGACCGCCUCGGAAGAAUAGCGAAGUCUAGAAAACAAUCCAAGAUUUUUUGCGUCACAUUUAACGUUUUUGUGCGGCCUUUCAUGUUGUAUUUCUAACCAAACGCAGUUUAAGGCGUUUCACCUGCAGUUACUCUGACUGACCGCUUGAUGCCGCUGAUGCGAAACGCCAUGACAGAAGACAAACAAAAGCAGCAACGUGGAGGAAAAACAGAACCCGAACGCAAAAUACAGAUGAGGCAGCGUGUGUUCACCGGGGUGGUCACACAGAUGCAGGAGCAUCAUGGGAUUGUGGAUCAGGAGGUUCAUUUCCCUGUGAGUGUUGUGGUGGGUCGUGUGCCCCUGGUGGGUGAGAAAGUGUUGGUGAAAGCGGUCCAGGACCCCCUGAAGCCCAUCAGCUGGACGGCACAGAAAGUUCAGACGCUGAACGGACAGCCCUUCAAAUCUCCCCCUCCGCUGCUGCCCUCCAUGUCAUCUAAUCCGAAGCCUGGCAUUUUAGGGACCAAACCGCAACCUCUGCUGAAAUCUCCCAAAAUACCACCACUGAUUCCCAGCAUGCAGCCAAAUCCUGGUGGUAUGAUGCAGAUGUCCUGGAGCGGUCCAUUUGAUGGUUGGGCUGGAGGACGGAAGAGACACGCUGAGGUCAUGGGAGGACGUAGAGGUGGACGCUGGGAGGACAGCGGCGGAGGGCCGUGGGGAGGAGACACCAUGCACCAAAAACGAAAAAGAUGGAGGGCCGCCUCAGAGGAGGAAGCGCCCAAAAAGAGCAGCUCCGUAUCCACACACAGUGCUCCGUUAUUCUCCAGUUUCUCCAGGGACACCCAGGCCUGUGAUUAUCUGGAGCUUCAGCGGCGGUACCCACACCUGCACCUGCCCUCCAACCUCUUCCACCUCCAGCUGUCCUGGACCGAGAGUUUCCCACUCGACCAGCCUCUUCCUCUGAGAGGACCAUGUCACUUUCACGUGGGAGCAAACCAGCCGGAGAGUGAAGCAGAUGUUUGCGAGUCCACAGAUGAUGCUUUCGCCGUUAGGGUUCUGUUGUUUUCUAUGCCGUGCCUUGAGGACUUGUACUCACAGUGUUGUAACCUCUCAAAGGAGGCCGUACAUCCCACUACACUUCUCAAAUUUGUGAUGCUGGACAGUGGAGGUGAACUGCGGCUUCCAGGAGGUCACUGGUCACCCAAAGCAGACGGAGCGAAUCCAGUGAAGGACGGUUCGACGCUGGUCAACACUGCGGUCCGCUGCAUAAAGGAUCAAACCGCUCUGGACCUGUCAGCCUGCACGCAGUGGCACAAGAUGGCGGAGCUGAGAUAUCUUUCCGGAGAUAAAAUGGAGACGGUUGUGGUGUUGUUGCCAGAUGUGUGGAAUCUAGUGCCAGCAGAAGAAGACUGGGCAAAAUUACCACAAAAACAGCUGGAUGGUGAUUUGUCACUUCCAGAAGGUCCGUCUGAAUGGAAAGUGAGUUUGAUGGCGGAGAUGUUCAGUGAGAUGCUCCAGAGGGAUUUUGGGCUUGAGCUGUAUCAGUGUAUGUGCCGUCUGCCGCAGGGCCCCAGCGUCAAAGAGGACAACAGCGCUCCCAAGGAGGAUGAGCCCAAAAAAUCAGACAAACAGACGACAAAAAAGAAAGGAUUGAUCGACGUAAAGAAGAGAAAACUCAAAGAGAAGGAUGAGGAGAGAGAGACAGAGGACAUGGCCCAGACGGUCGAGACUGACCCAUCUGAAAAACAAUCUGAGCAUCUAAGAGAGAGUAAAACUCUCAGUGCUGGAGGAGACGGGCAGAGCGCCUCAGACACUCAGCCGUCCAAAAACAGCGAACGUCCUCUGGGCUGGACGGCAGAACUUCCCCGUAAAGUGCUUCUGUCCUGGGUGUUCUUUGACCGUCAGCUGACAGGAAGUCUUCGAGAGGCAGACCUGAUCAACAUCCUGCUGUCUCUCGGCCUGUUUCUCAAUCCUGCUCAGGCGCAGGAUCUGGUCAGAAAGGCUGCAGUCGGUGGGCUUUGCCUCUACAGAAAUCUGUGCAGUCGCUGGUCAGACGCUGAUCGGACAGACAGCAGCAUCAGUGCUGAGGGAAAUAAAGCCAUGUUGCCCGGCCAGUCAUGCAAAGACAGAGCAUCUGCCCGUCGCACCGGUAACACAGAUCUGGUGAACUACAGAGGGAACGUCAUUAACUUACCAAACCUACUGCAGAUGCUGGAGAGCAGCAAAGAGGCCCAACGCGAACUGGAGAAGUGUGUCGCUGCUCUGCAAUCCAGACUCGAGGCAGCAGAAGCGAGGAAGGUGUCUAAUGAACAGGAGCAGGGCCAACAGAAAGAGCUGAAGAGGAAACUGGAGAAAUCCGAGACGCUUAACAAAACAUACGAGAAGAGUUUGAGAGAAAACAGCAGUCAGAUGAUCUCCGUCAUUGAGAAGAUGCAGAGGAUGGUUGAACAGACAACAACCCUCACAAAUGCAAAUGCAGGAAAGGAUGAGAAGGCAUAGAGACAAAGAAGCUCAUCAGAUGGUGAUCUAAUAGCGUUUGGACCGAGGAGAAUAAAAGAAACCUGCAAAAUAAAA